AUCCCGAACAUUGGUCACAACAGCAAUGUAAUGAUAUCAGGUCGAUGAUGGAAAGGAAAGUUGCAAUCAAAUUGGUAUCCACUAAGCAUGUGAAUCUCAUUUCACAAUGGAUCAGGGAUCAAGGUACAGGCUUCAUUUCGCAACAGACUAAAUAUCAAACUAAGAGCAUGCUGAAACAAAGGUUCAACUAUUGCGCUCUUCAACAUCAAAGGAUUGGAUUUAAUAAUUGGAGAGAUAACCCUUUUUCAUGGUCAACUUCUAACAAGUGUAGUACUCAUAUGCAAAGAAGUUUUAUCUUUGCAUUUGGCAACGACUAUAGUAAUCCAAUAGAGAUCGGAAAACACAGUAAAUUAAAGAAUUAUAGAACCACUGACGAAG